AUGUCCACAGGGAUCUCCAGUCCUCUGUUAUCAGUUCCUCACGAUGUCACGCCGCCUGUCGUGCCAGACCCAGGCAUAGCCUACCUCCAUGACCGGCUGAACUAUCUCGAGUCCCAAAUCAACGAGCUUCGCUCAGUUAUACUGACUAAAGAUGGGUAUGUUGAUCGUCGUAACAGAGAAGAUCAGCACAUCCGGCGCGAGUUUGAAGCUCAAAAAUCCACCAUCGAGCGAAUUGAGGCCGACUUGGCAGCGCUCAAGACAGAAGUCAUCUUGAUCAAGAGAACCCUUGCUACGCUCUGCCACGAAACAGCCCUUUUACGCAAGGACGUUACUUGCCUCCAGAAGGACGUUGGGUGUCUCCAAAAGGACGUUGCUUGUCUCCAGAAGGACGUCGUAAAGCUGCAAGUUGAAGUGCAGCUUUUAAAAUCGGAGAUUGGUGACUGUCGUCUUGAGAUCAAACAUCUAACUCAGCGUUUUGAUACGAUGGAGAUACGUAUGAAGCAAGCAGAGCAAGUGCGUUACAACUCUCUUGCAGUUAUGCCCAAUGCACCCAAUGCACCCAUCGGCCCUGUUCCCAAAGUUGGAGAGAACGGAACGCUGCGCUAUCCUGAUUUUUUCCCCAGCACCGUCCUUCGAUUUUGGGUAUUGAAGAGACGAAACCAUGUCCACCGUCUUGUUAAACUUGCUGAGUUUUAUGAGCUCGAAGGAUAUCAGACAUGGGAUCGAAAUCAUGCAGAUGAUCUACCUUUUGAUGACGAUGAUUUCAGUGAUUUCGGCGAUGAACAGCCCAAUGGCCUGACGCGUGCAGAGGCGGCAUAUCAAUAUCCCGAAGCGUGCCAUCAGGCCCUUGCGGCAACCUUGGGCUUGAAUUAUCGUAAGAUCCUGAAGGUGGCCCGUGAAGGUUCCUAUCCGCGAGCCCCCAAGAGACUCUUAGAUGAUUUUGCGCCUAAUCAUGGCGGAUUGGCUAUCACAGAUAAGCCGCUCAAGUCUGCCAAGUUGCACCAAAUGUCAGACAGCUUCAGAGAAAGACUGCUUCGACCCCAGGAGGAGGGUUCCGUAUCCGAGCCGACAACAGUUGACAAUCGCGAUUAUAUUUAUUAUCGUCAGCCAGGGCGCGGGGAGUCUGAUAUCUCGUCAAGGACGAAGGCCAAACUAAAGGCGCGUGACUUUGAAGGUCUCUCUGAACAAGACAUACUUCGUGGCAUUGAGUUGGGGUGGUGCAAGGUGCAGGAUGAGCUACCCAGAGUCACCAAGACCCCAGAAGCUGAGACCAAGGCUGCAGCUGCGGCUCCGGCUCCGGCUGAGGAUGCAGCUGAACCUGCGGAUACGGUACCGAUGGACGAAGAUGCUGCCUCGAGACGCACCAUCUCGACUGAGGCUAUAUCACCAUCUGCUUCGCGUGUUCCCUCCCGUACUCCUUCGCCACCGUUUACCGCAAGCAUGACAAGUGACAUGUCAUAG